AUGGCCGCGUUUGAAGACCCCAAAGCGCCUCCUACCCACCGCGUGUGGGUGGUCCUACUCUCUGCCCUAGUGCUCUUCUAUUCCUUCUCCGCUGCUACACGCAUAGAGAUUUCUAGCCAUCAACUGUCUCGAAACCAACGCUAUCACUCGCGGCUAUCAUGGGGACAUCGGGCUGUACCGGGGACGAAGUUGAUGUUACAUGCACCUGGCUGGACGCUCUUUGACCAAUUGUACUUGCUCAAUGGUACACUCUACAUCAUUACCGAUCAACCAGAACACCUUCCCGAUACCAAGUUCAUCAUGUCAACGGGUUUACAUAUCACGAAUGGGGAAGAGAACGCCGCGGCGUUGCUGCCAACCGAGAAGGAGCUGCGUAUCAUCACGCGUGCUGAGGCGAAGAGCAUCUUUGGCGCGGGUGCAAACCGUAUUGAAGGAGUUACAUGGCUAGCGAACGAUCCAGAUCAAUUCCUCAGAAGCCAUCUACACUUCGCCGCCGAGCUGCUCCUCGGCUUCUGGCGCGCCUACGCCGCUCUCGACCCGUUCAUCCCUACAAACGGCAUAACCCGCCUCCCACCUCCGCGGCGUCUGAUCUUUCCGAACUUCGAAUUCCCCGGCUGGCGCGACCCCGGGAUGAAGAACCCCUAUGUCCUACGCUCCGCCACCACGUCUGUGCUCCUCGAGUACAAGUCGGACUGGGCAGAUCGAGCGACGUUUGCUCCAAACGUGGCAUUCAUGUUCGACCGAGUGCUCAUUGCGGACAGGUCUGCAGCAGGACUAGGGAACGCUUUCAUGAGCAACUAUAGGACGGCCAGUAGUGCGAUGGAUCUUCCAGGGAGCCCGUUCUGGUGGAAACCUCUCAGGGAGAACGUCGUACGCACGUCUGGGUUGGAUGAUGCAGCACUGAAACGCACGUCGAAGCCCGUCAUUACAUACAUAUCCCGCCAGGGUUUACGUCUCAGAUCGCUCCGCCGUGAAGACCACGAGAAGCUCGUACAAGAGCUGAACACACUCGGAGAAGCGCAGGGCUAUGAGGUCAACGUAGUGAGAUCGGAGGACAUGACGCCUGCCGAAGAAGUCCGUUUGCUGGGAAGGUCGACGGUCGCAUUGGGCGUGCAUGGACCCGGGCUAGUGCCUUUGAUAUGGAUGGGUCGAAUGCCACAGUCAACCGUACUCGAAUUCUUCUAUCCUCAGGGCUUCUCGUUCGAGUACGCAUACACGGCACGCGCACUCGGCUUGUCGUAUAUCGGCUUUUGGGAGAAUAGCACAUUCGCUUACCCAGACAUACCGCGUGUAGCGUACCCUCCCGGCUCUCAUGGCACUGGGAUUCCUAUAGACGGCGCCUUGGUGGCGAAGAUCAUACAGGAACGAUUAAGUUCGCAAUAG